AUGGAGAGAAAACUGGAUCUUACCCGUCUGACGGACGAAGAAGCGAAACACGUGUGGGAGGUGAUUCAACGAGACUUUAACCUCCGCAAGAAGGAGGAGGAGAGACUUGGUGACCUGAAGACGAAGAUCGAGAAGGAGGACACGAAGCGCGAGCUGCUGGGCUCUGAGAGCAGAGUGUCCGACUCUCUGUGUAUCCGCUGCCUGCAGCCCUUCAAGUUCCUGGUCAACAGCAAGCGUCAGUGUCUGGACUGUCACAUGUUCACCUGCAAGUCCUGCAGCCGCUACAACAAGAAGGAGCACGGCUGGGUGUGUGACAACUGUCGCAUGACCAGAGUGUUGAAGAUGGGGACUCUGGGUUGGUACCAUGACAAUGUCAGAAACCGAUUCAAACGCUUUGGCAGCGCCAAAGUCAUGAGGUCACUGUACAAGAGGCUGAAUGGAGACGGUGGUCGUGAUGAUGAUACUCAGAGUAUGCCGGACGUCCACAAGUACAUGUUCAAUGGGAACGAGGACGACCAUGGCGACGCUGAGGCUCAGCGCUACAAAGUGAUGAGGAAGAGUAAACGUCUGCUGUCUGUCCAUCCCAUGGACUUUGACUCAGAGGAUUAUUUCCCUCACUCACGACGACAGUCUGUCCAGCAGCCGCAGGAGGAUCGAUAUUAUAGGAAUGACGUGGACUACGACGCUUACAACCACCGUGUUAACCGCAGGAAGAGUCUGGACCGCUACGCCAUGAGACCUGAUGAAUAUGGAGACAGCAGGAUGGUCCGGACUCGCUCUCUGUCUAAGAUCAGUUCGUCGGUUGCUCGGCAACAGUACGUCGACACCUCUGAUGAGGAGGAGUACCAGAGACACCCCCCUAUGUAUCAACAACCCCCCCACCGCCGUAAAAACAGCAGAGCCUCCUCCCAGGAGAACCUUGGACAAGGCCCGCCUAUCAACGAGCUGAACAAACGCAUGUCGGCCAUCGAAAGUCUGCUGAGCCGCCUGGAGGAGAAGAUGACGCCUGCUGAUGAGGAGUCCACUCCGUCCACUCAGAACGAGGAGGAGAAGCUGAGGAGAAAGCUCAGUGAGUUGGCGGGAAACCUGAGUGAUAAGGGUCUGUCCUCGGAGGACGAGAAGAAGUCUUUCUCUCUGGGUAAAGGUCUGGCUGGAGUCCGGGGUCCGGUGGUCACUCUGGACUCUCUGAAGGACAAAGACCUGAGCUCGUCCAGCGACGAGAUGCCGACUGAGGCCCAGAAGGUGUACAUCGCUGCCGGUCAGUCCUACGAACUGGAGUCCAAGCUUCGCAAACUGGAGCAGAGCGCCAAGAACCGCUUCGGAGGGACCACGGACUCAGAGCUGUCGGAGCUGGAGGACGUGGUGGCACUGACGGCCGCCAGAGUCCAGAGCGCUGAGAGCGAGGUGUCUGACAUCGAGAGUAAGAUCGCUGCUCUGAGCGCCACUGGCUCCAAGAAGAAGGUCGGUGGAUCUCAUCAGAGGAAGAAGUCCACACAGGAUUUCACCAAAACUAACGGAGCUCAGUGGAAAUCAAACAUGUACUGAACCAGAAAAGCACCUGAGAACCAGAGAACCAACCUGAGAAC